UAGUGUUUUUUUUUUAAUCCGGGAGAAAUUAAACGGCACCGACGGAGCAAAAGUGACAGUCCAUAUGAGUCCACGCAAUUAUAUGAAAUUUCAAGCGCAAUUUACUAAUAUAAUAUAUUAAUGUACCGUGGUCCGUUUGCAUGACUUCACACCAACAAAAAGCAAGUAGCAUCUUAUAGAGGGCAAAAAGUGGCCCACACUGUAUAUAAAUAUUGGUCUUUGCUUCAAAAAUUACUUAACCUCACUUCCUCAGCUGAUAACGUUGACAGACUGUGGUGACAGUAGAGUAGCAUAAAUAAACCAUUUCGUCUGUCACAGAAGAUAGUAUUUACUUCUGUUUAAAUUUACAAUUAAAUUAAGACUAUAGUAGUGUUUUUAACUCCGAAAACUAUGUCUCAACCACCAACCAGAAGUCUGAUUGCAAACAUUUUUCGCAAUUUCAUAAACUCUCUAAAGCCUCGACAAAUUAGGGGUACAUUUAUGGGUUCCGAUUACUUUGGUAACAAGUAUUAUGAAAUACCUCCAAACCCGUCGAUCGGUAAACGGAAAGCAUCUCGAUGGUUUGUGCCGCCAAACAAGGAGGAUUUCGAUCAAGAAAUGACAGCCGAGUGGGAAGCCUGGUUGAGGUUUAGAAGGACGGAGGCUCCGACCGAAGAAGAAUUAGUUAGAAAUUUAUCCAUAAUGGAGAUGAAAAAGAAAAAUGCUCUUGAAGUAGAAAAGAAAGCCGGAAAACCUACACCGUUGUUGAAAGGAAUGGAAACAUUUCCCAAACGUGAAGAGUAUGAAGUACUUCCCGGGAAACCACAGCAAAAACCUGAUUAGUCCUCUAAUAAUAGUUGUAAACAUUAUUUGUAAAUAAAGUAUAGAUGCUUUUUUUGCU